AUGUUCGGUAGUCGCAAACGUGCUACUCCAAUGCAGCCGUUGACCAAGGAGACCGCCAAUGCCAAUGCUGCCACCGCGGCCGCUUCGGCUUUCAUGCGUCGCUCCUCCGAUGCGUCUCUUUCCUCUGCAGCGGCCGCUGCUGCGCUAAGGGCUCGACCGACAAGUCCGACCAUUGUUGCCGAAGUACAAUCAAAACGUCUCUCGCGGCGAAGCCCAUCCGUGGCAUCCACCACAGGCAACCGGCGCGAACUGAUACGGACGCCCAGCGUGGGCUCAAUGAUGGAGCGCACGUUUCGAUCUCCUUCGCCCGGUCGCAGCCCAGCGCCAGUGCCUCAUGAGGUGCCUCCUAUCCCGAGAAUUCCGCAUACCGACGACAGCUACACGGCCAUAUCUCGACACAGCAGCUCCUCGCGCAAAGGUCGCGCCGAUUUGCACAACCAGAGCUUCCGCACAGCAAGCGAGAAAAUGAGAGAUGGCCAGAAAGGCUCUUGGUUUGCUGCUCCCACUGCUCAUAAUCUACAUGCGGUGCGACGGACAGCCUCGGAGCUACAACUCUCCUCCAUUCGCACGCCAUCCGAAUCAAGACCGGGGAGCGUCAGCCCGUCGAUCAACUUUUCAUAUCCCCGCGCAAGACCACACUCGCCUACCGGAAGUUUGAGGUCUUUGCAGGUUGAGGACCAAACUUUGGUGUACGACCCAAACUCUCGGCGUAUGGUGCCAAGAGCGAAAGUCAGGGCUCGAUCCCAAGCCUUAUACCAAGAAGAUCAUGAACUGGUCAGAGACAAAUCCCAGGCCAAGAAACAGCUAAAGCAGCCUCGCAUCUCGAGAGUAGGCUCCCAUCUCUCGCGUGGCACCGUUGCGAGAGUAAAGGCCCCGGCUUUGGAAACCAACGAAGCAGAGCUUGAGCUGCCUCAGAGUGCAGCACCUGAGCCCGAUCUGGGCCUUGAAAUCGAAUCUGAGGCAGAUGCUGCGGUGUCGAAACCCAAAGCGAAGAAGAAAAAGCCGAAACAAAUCCAGCCAAUCAGCUCGAUAGAAUCCGGGACAGCGGCAGCGGAGACGCCAGACAGCUCUGUUUUGCCAGAGAUGACAGCCGAAUUCCCAUUCGGGGCUCCCAAAAAUAGUACCAACUCGCCGUUCUCCGGAGGCAAGGUUGCAAAACUUCCCGAGAGCGCGAAAAGCAUCACUCACUCGCCGAGUUCAAAAUCUAAAUCGAAGGCCGUAACUUCAAGGGAACCCUCAGAGAGCCCUGCUCGAUCGGCCAGAUUUGCAGCCGCAACAGAUCAAUUAGUUGUGCGACACGAGCCACCUUCACGAUCGCUUUCCCCUCGCAAAUCUGCCUUGAAGCAUACUAGUCCGACCAGGGCUGUAUCGCCUUCUGAUGAUGGAUCAGACGUCUCGGGAGCUCCCGGUACCAUGACUGCACUCGAUGAUGCUCGCAAAAAGAGUUUCAGAGUCAGUUGGGAUGACCGCAACACAGUACUCGUCAGUGAAACCACUGCACAAUCUGCACCCAGGCAGGCUAUCGACUCAAACUCGCAGAUGAAGAAGUCGUGGCAUAGCAUUGUUGGAAAGGGGAGCAAAAAGGACGCCGCUUGUGUCGAAAAGGAGGAGGGCAUGUCUCCCAGACCCGCACUUCCCAGCUUUGGAAGUGUGCGGGAAAAGAAGCCAAGGGAGCAAGAAGAAAGACCACUCGUUCGUCCUGAGCAUGUAUUCCAGACCGAAACUCCUGUCGCAGCUGCAGCCACUUCAGCGACAUCUGCUAUCGACCUCAACACUUUCAAGCAGCGAGAGCCCUUACCAACCUCAACUCCAUCCGUGGAGAAGGAGGAGGGACUUUCAAGCUCGGAAGACGAACUCAUGGAAGAUACAUCGGACGAUGACCUUGAUUCCAAAGCUGAAGCCGCUCAUCCUCGCGCCAAUGGCGUGGCAACCAACAGCAACGCGAGUUCCCAAAACCAAGUACCAACGAUAGCAAUCGUCGAUGCCAGCCCUCGUCUGCCACAGACCGAACAACAUGAAAAAAUCGCAACUGCCAAUGUGGGCGAUGAAGACAGUUCAUCGGCCAGUGAGGAACUAGAGGUGACUGAUGCUCACACCCACGGCCUGCUAAUGGAUGACAUCAAGGAAGAGGAGGAGGAAGGAGACAUGUACAGCGAUGCUUACGAAGAGAUAGCUGAGCCAGGUGGCGAUGGCUUUUUGUCUUUAGAUGCUGUUCUAGAAAGCCCAACUAGCUCGCCCAAGGUAAAGAGCUUCCAUGACAAGCUCGCCGUUGAAGGGAAGGAACCUGAACCUACUGAAAUGAUCAAGCAAGGUAAACCUCCUGAUGACUGGGAAAAUGCCAAGGCCUUCUGGAAGAGUCUAUCAUCAGCCAAGCGGCGACAGUUGGAACAAGAAGCGAUGGAGGAAACCGACGAAGAGCAUCAAGAGGCGCCCGAGGGGUCGAACACUGAUUCACGAAAGUCUCCCAGACUAAACACAGACACUGUGACGCCUAUGCAAGAUCGCUCAUAUCAAAUUGCUCCAGGCCCAAUGCCGCCACACGAUAGUACUUCGGGGCUCAUAUCCAACUCAGGAUUGAAGUCAAAUGAUAGCGGUAUGCGAAAGUCAAUGAGGGGCAGCCAACACAUUGGGCCACCCAAAACAGACUCCCGAAAACUUGGUGGUAGCCUUCGCACUUCUAUGCGAUCAGAGGGCCCCCACGUCAGGGCAGAGCCUCAUUUCCACCCUCUUGGAUCGGCAUCCUUAGCAUCUGCUUCUCGCAUGAAACGAUCACUUCGCCACAAUUCUAUGGACUUGAGUAGCUUGGAGCCACAGCCCUCAAUUAUCGCGAGUGGCCGUCCCGCGUCAUAUCAUGCAGCCGUGGAUACAGUUUCCUCCACGCCCCAAUCGCAAAUCCCUCAAGUGAACGGUUCUCCCAAUGGAGCUCGCACGAAGACAACUUCGCGUCGCCGUGGCUCCGAUUCGAGCGAGAGUAGUUUUACUCGUGCACGUGCAGCCUCCUCCGGGAAGCAUGAGUUCCGCAGGUCGAUGCGAGCUAGUAUGCGGGAACCAACAGCAACAUCUAAUGACAUUCGGUCCCCGUCGCCCCCUGCUUUUGGAACGCGUCGCGAUUCCGUCUCAUCUCUUCCAGCAGGCCCCGGCUUAGGCGCAGGGCGCCUUCGUCAUUCUCUUCGUGGCGCGUCAGCAGAUCCGCCUGCCAGAAGGCUCAUACCCGGAUUCGGAAAAUCGACCGCAGGUAAAUCAAAGAAGGAAAAGAGCGGUAGUCGAUUUGGAGACUCGAGCGAUGAAGAUGAGGGGCAUACGAGCAUGAAUUUUUUCAAGAGUCGCUUUGCUGACUCCAGCUCCGACGACGAUGAGCCGCCAACAAAGGUUAAGGGUAAAAACUUACCCAAAUCGCUGCGUACAAGAACAAACGCUCGUGCCACUUCCAGUGCGAUUGAUCUGGCCUUCGCUCGUGACGGACGGGAACCCCUUAUGCUUGACAAUGGUCCUUUUACUCAGCCCAAACCAACGCAUGAUAUCGAAAGCUCGCAGCAUCAGUCAGGCUCUGGCCGAGGAGCUUUGGCGCCCUUAGCGGAUAUUGGUGAUAAUAACGUGCCAUCACCACCCCGGCAUACUAGACGCGGAAGCUUUAUCUCGCUACUAAGACGCAAAAAGGAUCCUUCCAGCCAGAUAACUCGAGACUUAACAGAGAGCGCUGCUCGUCAAGAUACAAACCUCGAACGCAGCACAGCGGAGUUGGAAGCGCUUCGCAACACGCCUCUUCACAAGCGCGGCCCGAGUUGGCCGCUUCCAGAGCCGGGGAGGACUGGCUACGGAGCCGCGGAGCCCUCGCCAGAGCGCCCAUCUACGGCAGGAGGAGCCAUUGUCAGCUCGAGUUCUAACAAAUCUAAGUUCAUGCGUCGGCGCAGCGCAUCACAGGGUAUGGUACCAGCAGACACUGCCGAUAUGGACGGUGACCUGGCCACAGAUACUGUACUACCGAAGAAGAAGAAGAAAUUUGGGGCUCUGCGCAAGAUGUUUGGACUGCACGACUAG